UGUUAUUUUUGUGAGGAUUCCAAAAAUACCUUUGUUUUCACGAGCGUUUGUAGUUAUGGCCCACCAUUCUAAAUGCUAAUUUGAAAUAGGGUUUCGAAUUCGAUUGAGAACACACAAAGGAUCCCCAAAAAGAGUUCAUUAUCAAACAGUGAACUCGUACAAACCCUAACCAUCAUAUCUCUCACAGAAACAUAUACCCACUUCAAUCAAGUCAGCAAGAAUUUACAGUCUCUCUCUCGACUUCGCUAGAGUGUGGAGUAUCAUAAGACUAUGGCGACAGAAACUUCUAGAUCUUCAAGUUCAUCGGCAGAUUCAUACAUUGGAAGCUUAAUUAGCUUGACUUCCAAGAGUGAAAUUAGAUACGAGGGCAUUUUGUAUAAUAUCAACACCGAGGAAUCCUCCAUCGGAUUGACCAACGUAAGAUCGUUUGGAACUGAAGGGCGAAAAAAAGAUGGCCCACAACUCAUGCCCAGUGACAAGGUUUAUGAGUACAUAUUAUUUCGUGGAAGUGAUAUCAAGGAUCUUCAGGUGAAAUCAUCUCAACCUGUUCAACCCACACAAUCCAUAAACAGUGAUCCUGCGAUAAUUCAGUCACAUUAUCCUCGGCCACCUACAACAUCUUCAACCGCGGGUGGUCCCACCACCAACAAUCUUGGUCAACCCGGGUCAACAUAUCCUUUAUAUCAACCCGGUGGAAAUAUCGGGUCGUGGGCCCCAUCACCAUCACCACUACCUCCAAACCCAAACACUUCCGGGCCCACAAUGCCAAUGUACUGGCCAGGAUACUACGCCCCACCACCACAGUUACACCAACAAUCACUCCCUCGACCACCACAAGGGUUACCAAUGCCGCCUUCACUACAAUACCCCACUUUCAAUCCACCACCCGCGUCAUCUGAACCCCCAAAUUUCCCAGAAUACCCUUCUCCUUUAUUGCCAACAUCAUCCAGUUUCACUGGAUCUCUGCCUUCUUUGAUGCAUAACAAAACUCCUAACCCUUCCGCUCCACCGCUGCCAGGUGGCAGUGUCACCAUGCAACCACCGCCAGCUGUCACCAGUGAUGUGCUUUCAGGUGCAAAGUUUCCUUUUCAGGGGAUGUCUCAGGCGAUGGGUGGGCCAACUGAACCACCUACACCAUUGCUGGUGACGCCAGGUCAGCUUCUGCAGUCUGUCCCUACUACUGUUUCCCCGCCACCUGUACAUGAUGAUGUGGAAGUUGUUCCGGUGUCGUCGAUGACAUCAUCAUCAUCAUCACCACCACCACCACCACUGUCUGUUCCUGUUUCAGUGCCGGAAGCUCAGCCUCCAAUUCUGCCAUUACCAACUCAAUCUCAAAUUGCUCAAAAGCCUAAUGGAUCAAGUUACCAGAAUCGCCAUAAUUACAAUUACAGAGGGCGUGAAAGAGGCAGAGGAUCAGGGGGGUCACGACCAGUGAUGAAAUUUACUGAGGAGUUUGAUUUUAAUGCAAUGAAUGAGAAAUUCAACAAGGAUGAAGUGUGGGGUACGUUGGGAAAAACCAACAGAUCUGGUUCAAAGGAGAAAGAUGGAAAUGUUACUGAUGAGGAAGAAUCAGAAGAGGAAACCGAUCCCAACUUACCUAAAGUUGAAGUCAAGCCUGUUUAUAGCAAGGACGACUUUUUCGAUUCGUUAUCCAGCAACUCACUCGAUCGUCAAUCGAACUACGGAAGGACUAGAUUCUCUGAACAAAUGAAACUAGAUACAGAGACAUUUGGAGAAUUUUCUAGGUACAGAGGGGGUGGAAGGGGUGGGCGUGGGCCCUACCGUGGAGGGCGUGGGCGAGGUGGCGGCGGCGGUUAUUAUGGAAGAGGGUACGGGUAUGUUGGGCGGGGUCGCGAAAGUACAUACCAAAUGGUCCCGACUGAUAAGGGAAGCGUCAAUGGAUUAGAUUAGAUGGAAUUAUAAAGUGAGAAUAUGCUUUCCAUAUGAUGACCCAAUCACGAAUUAUUUAU